CAUCUCGCGUAAUUUAGGCAGAAGCGUCCAUUUGACGAAUGAAUCUGACAUUCGUCUAAUCAUUUCCAGCGUCUUCGUUGCUCUCUUCUGACGCCGUUUCUCAACCCUAGAGAAGGGGGGAGAGAGAGAGAGGAGGGGAGGAGCUAGGGUUCCGAUUUCCUCCAUGGAAGCUCGCCUUCGGAUCUUCUCUCCUUCUUCCCUUCUAUCAAGUUGUUUGGUGAUGCUUGGUUAGAAACAGGUUCGGGAGCCGAGGUUUGGUUUUCCAUUGCAUUUUUGUUGUUGGGUUCUUUGGAGCGUUUCCGAAGAGGAUCUGACACUGAUAACGAAGAGGAGGAAAAGAAUGUCAAGUGGCAGGAAUACACACUGGUGCUACAGAUGCAGGCGACCAGUUCGCAUCCGGGGGCGAGACACAGCCUGCCCUAGUUGUGAUGGAGGCUUUGUGCAACAACUCAAUGAGAUGGAAAGUGUUAUCACUCCGGAUUCCUUUGGUCUGGAUGCUGACGAUGAUCGUGACCAGAGGAUUAGGAUGAUGGAAGCUUUCUCAGCUCUGAUGAGGCAGCCAAUGUUACCGAGAAAUCGUGAGGUUGAUGUUAGAGGGAGAUCCGGGCUAGGAUUUGAUUCCAGUCCUUGGUUAAUCUUCCGUGGCCAAUUUCCUUUACCCAUGUCUGAAGGUGGGAUUGAAGUUCUCCUCAAUGGCGGUCCAGGUAUUGGGUUGAGGCGAGCUAACAUUAGCGAUUACUUUGUGGGCCCAGGGUUAGACGAACUAAUCGAAGAACUCACUCAGAAUGAUUCCCGGGGGCCACCUCCUGCUUCCAGGUCUGCAAUUGAUGGGAUGCCGACUGUAAAGAUCACUCAGAGGCAUUUGCGUGGAGACUCGCAUUGUGCUGUUUGUAAAGAAAGAUUCGAGUUGGGUUCUGAAGCACGAGAAAUGCCAUGUAACCAUAUAUAUCACUCCGAUUGUAUUAUCCCAUGGUUGGUUCAGCACAACUCCUGCCCUGUUUGUCGUCAUGAAUUGCCGCCACAGGGCUCUAGCAGUUCUCAAGCAAGAUUGAGUAGUCAAAGUUCCAGCAGUGGCCGUAGAACCAGUGGUGCAAACAGCACCAAUGGCAGAGAUGGAGAGAAUAGAGGGAGGCGCAAUCGGUUCUCCUUUUUGUGGCCGUUCCGUUCAACAAGCUCUAAUUCCCGUAGAGAAUCAGGUCUCAGCACCCAUGCGCGGGAAUAAUGAACCAGGUGAGUCAUUCUCAAUGGCCUUUUGAUUGCUAAGCUCAUGUCUCUCUAUAGCUUUUCCUUCACUGGUACUACAAGUUCAACUCGGCAUGAGUUCAGAGUGAAAGUUAUUUAAGACCUUGGCGAGGAAUGUGAAGAUUGUCAGAAGCCUGAAGCCGUUGAUUCUGUUGUUCAAUUUGUGUAUAUGAUGAUGAUGUGUUCUUUGUCAUUACAUCUGCCUUCCGUGGUUGCCAAGGAAGCUAUCAGUUCCAUCAAUUAUAUAUUUUUAAAAAUGUAUUAUUUCGAGAAAUGACAAGUUGGAUUAAAGCGUUUGGAAAUCUUCCCAUGCACGUAGGGACAUUUGGAUGUGGACUGUUCAUUUUGCCUGCCUUGAUGAAAUUGUCCUGAUUUGAGUGACUGAAAACGCCCAUUUUGUGGGUUGUGAAAAAUGUAUGGACGAUUAUUUGGAGGAGAUAGGUCUAGUAAUGGAUGUCUGGGACCGCCCAAUGCUUUUGAA